CUGUGAGGCCAGGGUCUCGAGUAGCCCACUGGGGUACAGCCUGCACUUUUUCUGGCUGCCUGUUUACUCUUGAUGCGCCUCCUAUACCAGGAAGACAGACCUCUCCUGCUGAUCCUCCAAUCAAUUCUACUGUAGAAAACUAUGUCACCACUCCACAAUUUGGGAGGUCACCUGUCACAAUAAAGAAUUGGAUCUUUGAGUCAAGAGAACCUGGGUUCAAGACCUAAUGGCCCUGUCCCCGUCUCCCUUUCCUAAGGGCUGCUAACUUGUGCCAGGGAGCGGUGUCGGCACCACCUCUACCACCAGCAGCCCAGGAGCAGCAGCAGGAGCCGGGCAACAUGGGCACGUCCUCGCUCUGGGGACUCUGGCUCCUAGUCGCGAUGUGGUGUUUGUCUGGAGAGCUCAGUACUGUGGAGGGAACAAGAACAAAAUGUGAAUCAUCUCAAUUCCAGUGCAGUAAUGGCCGUUGUAUUACUUUGUUGUGGAAGUGUGAUGGUGAUGAAGACUGUAGUGAUGGCAGUGAUGAGAGCUCCUGUGUGAAGAAGACAUGUGCUGAAUCUGACUUUGUAUGCAAUAAUGGCCAGUGUGUACCGAACAGAUGGCAGUGUGAUGGGGACCCAGACUGUGAAGAUGGAUCUGAUGAAAGGCCAGAACAAUGUAAUAUGAGAACCUGCCGAAUAAAUGAGAUCAGCUGUGGUGUUCGAUCGACUCAGUGUAUCCCAGUGUCCUGGAAGUGUGAUGGGGAAAACGACUGUGACAGUGGAGAAGAUGAAGAAAACUGUGGCAAUGUAACUUGUAGUCCAGAAGAAUUCACUUGUUCCAGUGGUCGUUGCAUCUCUAAAAACUUUGUCUGCAAUGGUCAGGAUGAUUGUAGUGAUGGCAGUGAUGAAUUGGACUGUGCUCCUCCCACAUGUGGUACCCAUGAGUUCCAGUGCAGCACUUCUUCCUGUAUCCCCAUCAGCUGGGUAUGUGAUGAUGAUGCUGACUGCUCUGACCAGUCUGAUGAGUCCCUUGAGCAGUGUGGACGCCAACCUGUGCCUCAUGAAAAGUGCCCAGCCAGUGAGAUCCAGUGUGGUUCAGGGGAGUGUAUCCAUAUGAAGUGGCGCUGUGAUGGGGAUCCUGACUGCAAGGAUGGAAGUGAUGAGAUAAACUGUCCUUCUCGGACAUGUCGGCCAGACCAGUUUGAAUGUGAAGAUGGCAAUUGUAUUCAUGGUAGCAGACAGUGCAAUGGGGUCAGAGAUUGUAUAGAUGGCACAGAUGAAAUCAAUUGCAAAAAUGCUAAUCAGUGUUCUGGACCUGGAAAAUUCAAGUGCAGAAGUGGAGAAUGCAUAGACAUUAGCAAAGUGUGCAACCAGCAACAAGACUGCAAGGACUGGAGUGAUGAACCCCUGAAGGACUGUAAUGUAAAUGAGUGUUUGGUUAACAACGGUGGAUGUUCCCACAUCUGCAAAGAUCUAAUUAUAGGUUAUGAAUGUGACUGCGCUGCUGGAUUUGAACUGAUAGAUAGGAAGACAUGUGGUGAUAUUGAUGAAUGCCAAAAUCCUGGAAUCUGCAGUCAAAUUUGUAUCAACUUAAAAGGCGGUUACAAGUGUGAAUGUAGUCGUGGCUAUCAAAUGGAUCUUGCCACUGGAGUGUGCAAGGCAGUAGGAAAGGAACCAAGCUUAAUCUUCACUAAUCGAAGGGACAUCAGAAAAAUUGGUCUGGAAAGGAAAGAAUACAUUCAACUUGUAGAGCAACUAAGAAAUACCAUAGCACUAGAUGCUGACAUAGCUGCCCAGAAGUUAUUUUGGGCUGAUCUAAGCCAAAAAGCAAUCUUCAGUGCCCCAAUUGAUGCUCGUGACAAAGUUGGUAGACAUGUUAAAAUGAUCGACAAUGUCUAUAAUCCUGCAGCCAUUGCUGUUGACUGGGUCUACAAGAAUAUCUACUGGACCGAUGUGGCUUCCAAGACUAUUUCAGUGGCUACUUUAGAUGGAACCAAGAGGAAGAUCCUAUUCAAUUCCGAUUUGCGAGAGCCUGCCUCCAUAGCUGUGGACCCAUUGUCUGGCUUUGUUUACUGGUCAGACUGGGGAGAACCAGCUAAAAUAGAAAAAGCAGGAAUGAAUGGAUUUGACAGACGGCCACUGGUGACCAUAGACAUUCAAUGGCCUAAUGGAAUUACACUUGAUCUUGUAAAAAGCCGUCUCUAUUGGCUCGAUUCUAAACUACACAUGCUGUCCAGUGUGGAUUUGAAUGGUCAAGAUCGUAGAAUAGUACUCAAGUCUCUUGAGUUCCUAGCUCAUCCUCUUGCUGUCACGAUAUUCGAGGACCGUGUCUAUUGGAUAGAUGGUGAGAAUGAAGCAGUAUAUGGUGCCAACAAAUUCACAGGAUCAGAAUUGGCUACUCUGGUUAACAACCUCAAUGAUGCUCAAGAUAUAAUUGUAUACCAUGAACUUGUACAACCAGCAGGUAAAAACUGGUGUGAAGAAGACACUGAAAAUGGAGGCUGUGACUACCUAUGUCUACCAGCACCGCAGAUCAAUGAUCAUUCUCCAAAAUAUGCCUGUUCCUGUCCCAAUGGGUAUAAUCUGGAAGGUGAUGGCAGGGCAUGUAGAAGAAUCAAUGUGACUACUGCAAUAUCGGGAGUAAAUGUUUCUCUAGGAGGAACUUCAGCUGCCUGGGCCAUCCUUCCUGUCUUGCUCUUGGCUAUGGCUGCUGCUGCUGGUUACUUUAUGUGGAGGAAUUGGCAACACAAGAACAUGAAAAGCAUGAACUUCGACAAUCCUGUCUACUUAAAAACCACUGAAGAAGAUCUCACGAUAGAUAUUGGAAGACAUAGUACUUCUGUCGGACAUACUUAUCCAGCAAUAUCAGUUGUAAGCACAGAUGAUGACUUAGCUUGAAUGCUUGGACAAGAGAAAACCCUUUCAAUCUACGCUAAAUCCUAAACCUAUUUUUUUGGGAUGGUAACCAAACCAGUGGCUGAAAAACAGUUCUCUUCCUACCAUCUGGAAGAACACGAUCAUAUUAUCUGUGUGGAACAAGCUGUGUACUCGACUUUUUUAUACUCCACGUUUUUGUAAAUAUUCUUGUCCACAGUUUAGUUCAGCUCUGGAUGUGGUUACCAAAUAUCUGUAACCCUUGACUUUUUUAGACAGUAUUGCCACCAAUGGCCAAAUAUGCACUUUCCAUAGAAAGCCAUAUUCCAGCAAUGAAACUUGUGCUAUAUAGUAUACAACCUGUACAUAACUUGUAUAGGCCAUCUGUAAAUAUCCCGAAGAACAAUCACUAUUCUUAAGCACUUUGAAAAUAUUUCUAUGUAAAUUAUUGUAAACGUUUUUUUCAAUGGUUGGGGCAAUGGCAAUAGGAGAAAACGGGUUACUAAGAUGAAAUUGCCAAAAAAAUUUGUAAACUAAUUUUGUACGUGCGAGUGAAAUCUUUGUCACCUCCAUGGAGGCUUGCAGAGGGUGAGUGUUCAGCAAACCACUGUACAAUUUUUUUCCAAGUGCUAAAAAUUAAACCAAGCAGCUUAACAAUGGCUUGUGCCUAUUCCUAUAGGGUGGGAAUGCCACCUCAAGUGGCAUUACUUGGGCUUAGUCUAUUUGGCAAAGCAUAAACAAAGCUUUAAGGUUUAGUUACUAUGAGAUGCAGUCGUCUAUAGACUUAAUGUCUACCUUGGACUGAAUCCCACAAGCUUAAUAUCUUUUUUUUUUAAUCUUGGGACUAGGGGUGGGGAGAGAAAUAGAAUUUAGACCCACCAAAUCCUUCUUGGAAGUAAUUUUGGCCCAUUUACAUUCCAGGACCAGGGAAUUUGGCUCUUGAGUUUACUUAUGGUACCAAAAAGUGGGUUCUUUAUACUAUCAGCAAAUAGUUUUUGUUAGCAUUCUUUCUGGAGAAUGUUCCUUCUUCAGUCCAUUUUUCAUUAGUGAUACCUAUUCAAGACUGUGCUUAUUUCCUAGCAAUGCUUACAUUUCCCACAUGCUUGAAAACUCCAGGAGUCAAAAUGAAUAUAUUUUGUAUUGGGGUUGGGAACUACUUCAUCCACCAGGCAAGAAUUACAGAGGUUACUUGACCAAGUUGGGCAAAGUGAGCAUAGUCUGCUUUUCUGAAGGUUUUAGAAGAAGGAUUUCAUUUUGUCAGUGGCUAAUUAGGGAGCUACUCCUGAGAAGGAUGCAGUAGAUAGAGAGGGCUUUCUCAAAGACUCAAAAAUGUGGUUGGGAGAAACAAGGGCAGCAGAAGGAAGGUAAAAGUCCGUUCUAUAGGUCAUGAAUGACAAGCAGUGAGAAGUUGCUUGAAUUGGCAAUCUGAAAUCUCCUGUCUUAUUUGCCCAUAUGAUCUGCCUUUCCUUAAGAGGCUAAGUUUUAAGUAUACAAUUAGUUUUGCAUGGAAUCCAUGCAUAGAUUGUAUCCAUGUGAGUAGAGGACUCUUUUUAGAGCCAUGAUAUAGUAAAGAUGUUGGACCAGAGAUAUAGGUAUGACAUAGAGUCUACAGUGGGUGUUUCUUAAAUGGAUGGUCAAUGUAUAUGAUAUUGGAGAAAUGCAGAAUAAGCUAAAAACCAAGAAAAGAUCAGAUCUUGGAAGUCCAGGGUAGAGAAGGAUCCAUGUAAAAAGUAUUAGCUUUUCUUCAUAGAGCAAGGUAGAGUAGAGAAACACCUCUUUGAUGCUUCUAAGCCUUUAUUGAUUUGAUUAUGUAACUCUAAUUUUAGAAAAAUAGAAAUGAAAACAUUGGAAAACUUGUCAAAUGUGUAAGCAUAUAAGAUAUAAUAACUAAACAGUCUGAAGCUGUUUAAGGGUCAUGACUUAAGAAUGCAUAAAUACUGAGAAGAAAAUAAAGAAUUAGGUUUAGUCCCAUUUCAAAUUCUUGCCUUUAUAUAAAGUAACCAAGAUUCCCAUUAAUGUCUUGGCUUUAAGGUAGGGUACUUAUAUAAUCAUUUGCUUAUCAUGAGCUAGAACUAAAAAUGACAAAUUAUUUGUUAAAAUUGGACAUUUUCUAACUUCCCAAAAGGAUUAAGAAUAAAUGAAUUUUUGCAACUAUGGGCAUGACUGAAUAAGAAAUUUAUUUUAAAAUAUAGCUGAUUUGGUGUUGUUGAAGGCUAUCCUUUUAUCUAUUACAAUCCACUAAUAUACCUCAUUUGUUAACAGAUUAUAAAAGAAUAAGUGGAGUAAAUUAUUCUUUCUGCCUCUCUAAUGAGAAAGAUUGGCACUGGACAACUAACUCCAAACUAUAUAUUAUAUUCAUAUCAAGUUCCUUCUCAAACUUUGGGCUACUUUUAAAUCAUUGAGGUGGCCAUGUUUCUGGUAUUGCUUGGGGUUUUGUUUGCUAGUUGUACCUCAUAGCUGAAAAGGUAGGUAAACUAGGUCUUGGUGCUGGCAUAUAUAUUUUAAAAUUUUAAAAUAAAAGGGAGAGGAAUGUUUUACAGAGUCUUCCAGAUGUUUCAUGUUGAUCCUUUGUUGGCAUAUACCACAAAAGGUAAUGCAAGUGAACAUCGGCACUAAUCCAAAUCAAUGUAUAUUUAGAUUGUUGCAUUGUAAAUUUAUUUCAAGCCUUAUCUAAUACAAUUAAAGACAAACCUUAAAAUUAUAUCCACAUAUAAGUAUAGCAGGAAGUGGGAAAGUGGUAUAGAAAUAUCAAAAAAAUAAAACUGAGUAUAAUUUAUAACAAUAAGUACCUUUCCAAGUUCUAUGAAACUAUUAAACACUACUAAAGCAUUUUUUUCCUGACUGGAAAUCUGUGUCUUGAAUGAGAGCAUAUCACAUGUCAAGUUAUUUUAUAAUGCUCAAGUUCCCUUGGUCAUUUAAUUUCAGGCUUAAAAUAAUUAGCAAGAGCUGCUCAUAAUAUAUUGAGCAAAUAAGUAAGAACUACCUGAUCAAGGAUCUAAGUUCCUUAAUAUCUUGUCUUUGUACUGGCUGAGGUUGGCAAACUAUGGCCCUGUGGCUAAAUCCAGCCCACUACUAAGAAUGGCUUUUAUAUUUUUAAAUAUAAUAAAAACUUUAUUUAAAAAAUUUGAAAACCAUUUUUGGCCAUGGGGCCAUACAAAAACAAGGAUGAGCUAGAUUUGACUGCCCACUCUGCCUUACAGGAUCAAAUUGGGGGGCUUAUGUUUUAAAGUUUAUUCUAAACAUUAUUAUUUUAGAUCUCUUCUACCAGUUAAUCUGGAUUGUUCUGUGCUUAGACAAUUUUAAAGCAUUUACAUGGCCAUUCUUUACUAACUUCAGAUAUCAAAUUAUCAUUCUAGGGUUAUAUGGAAAGCAAUAUGCAAUUCUCUUGGGAUAUUUUUUCAAUAAAUAUCAGAAACAGUAAAUACUACAAACUAGUGAGCAAAAGAAUGCCAUAAAAUAUCUAAACAUUAAAAACCAAAAUGACUAGAAAAGAGAAGAAGGCAGAAGAUGACUAUAAACAACCUGAAGGAACAUAUAAAUGAUGCUCCCCAGGGUGUUAAAAGGCAGAAAAACAGGAUUAACUUGAAAGUUGUCAAUAAAACUCUGUAUAUUAACUUCAUCUUAUUCUGAAGCUAACAUCAGCCUGAAUAUCUUACUGCAGCAUUGAGGUGUCUCUCACACAUAAAAUGGAGGCAGAAGGAAAUUUAGAGCAAACUGCAUCAUUCUGCUAUGCAGGAAAAGCUUCCCCAGAUUGCUUCAAAUAAAGUCAGUGGUAGCUAACUGUCCCAACACUCAUGCAACUGGGAAAAGAUGAGAAGAGUUGAUGCAUCUUGGAUCAACCUGACCAAAUACAGUGAGAAAGAGGGACCAGUAAAAUCUUUACAAUGGCAUCACUUCAGUGGUUAGUUGAGGUCUAGAUCUUUCUCCCCUCAGGCUAAUUGGUAGGGUGUGUAUGUGUCAGUCUAGAUCUUAGCUCCUGCAAUUUUGGAGCCCACUCAGUAGGAAACAAUGAAAGCUGAAAUCAGAGCUAACCCAGAGUUCCUAACCGAAGCAUGCAUGCUAUCUGGGUUGGCUUGCAUUUCCUGUCUGUGGUGCCUGCUGAGGGCAUAAUGGCAUCAAACACAUUACCUCUCCCUGGUAUCAAAUUCUUCCUUUAGUGAGGUGAUGUCUGAUUUCUAAGUGCAUUACACAAGCAGGACCUUUUUUAAUCCAGUUUGAACGAGCCUUAAACUAGGGAGUCUGUAGUCCUGGGUUCUAAUUUUUGCAACGUGACCUUGGGCAAUUUAUCUUGUUUCUUUGGUAAAGUGAGAAUGUGAUAUCAAUCUCAAAGGAAAACCCAUUCUUUCUUUAGGAUUUUGUUAUAGAAGCUGAAAAAUGGAGUUUGAGAGAAUAAAGAAUAGAGAUGUAUAAAAGCUACAACUAGGGAAUGGCUAGAACAAAUUAAACUGCUUUGACAUAUUUGCUUCCAUUUUUCAAAACUCUUCGAAGUAUUAAAUAGGUACUCUCAUGGGUAGAAGGGAUCAUGUUAAGGACAAAGGGUGCUGCUGGUGGGGACCACUAGCUAAGUAUUUGAUAGGACAUUACAGAGGAAAAAUCAGACUUCUUCAUUCUUGCUAAAUGUUGGCCUGAGCUGUUUAUUCUGGUUGGCCAUAGACAGCUUCCACUUAGUAGCACCUGAAUAACCAAGAUGUAAAGUACCUGUAGCCCAGGUUGGCUCUAAGAUGCUUAACGUUGCCACAAAUAAAAAUAAGUUGUGAAUGAUUUAAGGUGAUCGGUCCCAGAAUAACUGUUGAACUCCACAUUUUGUCUUUUUCUCUGGUGAUAUCAGUUGUGGAUUUUAUAAUGCUUUGUUAGGAUGCUUCACAUGUAAUGCCCAAGUAAGAGAAUGCCUGUGUCCAGGUCUACUUCCAAACAUGGCAGAGUUCCAAGACUAUAACAUGGGCCCUGACAUGUCAGCUUUGAUUUAACUCUUUGCUGAGCUAGCACUGUUUCACACCUGGAGGAUGUUAUUAGCUAGCUAUUUGGGGGAUUCUGUGUUGCAUAAGCAGGUUAUUCGAUGAGCAAUUUAAAAACCAUUUCCCCAAAGGUGAAUUUUGAGGGAUGAUUAGAUGAUCUCUAAGGUCCCAUCCGGCUAUAAAAUUCUGUCUUGUAUGUUUACUCAUGCCUUUACCACAGGAAUUGAUCAUAAAAAUAUUAACCAUCUGGCAUACAGGUCUGGGAGUUUGUGGGGGGACUGUACAGGAAAGCAAUGAUAGAGAACAGAGCCAAGCAGGAACUAUUGUGUUCUGGUACGACAGAUGUGAUGAUUCAGAGGCAACCUUGGAUCUGCAUAUUCUUGUGUUGAAAGUCAGCCAUGACAUCUAUGAAUGUGUGCAACCUACACCUGCAGAAGAGAACUCAUCUCCUGGGUCAUGGUCUAUCAUAAACUUUAACCUUUUAGCCCGAGGGUCCUUAACCUCUUUUGUGUCAUGGCCCCCUUUGUCAGUCUGGGGAAGCCUAUAGAUCAUUUCUCAGAAGAAUGCUUCAAAGUGUGUGAAAUACAUAGAAUUACAAGGUGACCCAUUAUGUUGGAAUACAGUUUUUAAAAUAAAGUAUUCAUGGACCCCAUGUUAUCAACCCCCGCUUUUUGGAAACUGAACUCAGUCUAAGAAAACCACUGUCACACAUUGGGAUCUUUAGCCCACUUGGGAAAUGAACAGUGCUGCUGAUCUGUAGAUAAGAGCUUUUAGCCUCUAACCCUUUUAAUCACCCUUAUGAUUAAAUAAAAAUCUAUUUUUCAAAAA